AUGGCACAUUCUGAGGAAAAUGUUGAAAACCGGCUAGCAGUGACUAGGCCAGUGCCUCCAGCCCCCUCAGUCCUCACUAACUGGGGGCCACAGCGAAGCCCUUCUGGUGACCAGGUCACCCCUCGGCUGGUGAGGACCACUCAGCCAAGAGCUGCUUUGGCACGCAUCCGCUUGGAAAGGCCUCCUCAGACGAGUGCAGCCCGAGAGAUGUGGCCCGGCCAAGAGCUGUUCACAUGCGGUUCUGAGAACAUUCGAAAGCCAAAGUUUUCUAGAUGGCAGUUAGGAAACAGGAAAGGACUCACCUCUCUGAAAAGCAACGUAACGUCUGGCUAG